AUGGGUCUCGAUGGACAAUGGUACCGCGUCAACCUGCAUGAAUUAUGCGGACCAGCAUACGGAGUAAUACACUGGUCGUUUUGCCAAGAGCUCGUGUUCAACAAUUCCAGUACAAUCUUUAGUCCCUGGUGUACAUGCAUCUCGCACUGCGAUAUUCAGUCUCAGCCUAAACGAAAUAUUGAAAUGAUGUUCUCCGUUCUGCUCUUCACAACGCUUCAUGCCCUUGUGGUUGGUCUGCCCUCGUUAAAUGGCUGCACAACGCCAGGAUGCAUAUCUUUUGCCAAGACCCUAAAGGAAAACAUGAAUACAGCAGUAGAUCCUUGUGACGAUUUUUACGAAUUCACUUGCGGUCGUUGGAGUGAAAACAAUCCGAUGCCAGGUGAUGCGGAACUGUGGGAUAUUUCCAAGAUUAUGGCCGAAGAUAUAUCGGAGAAAUUCAUUAAAAUACUGGGCAGUAGUUCAGAGUCCUCAAGCCCUUCCAGGGCGUCUCAGCUAGUUAGGAAGAUGUACCACAAUUGCAUGGAUUUAGAUGCUAUCGAGAAAAAUGGGUUCGAGGCCAUCCUUUCACGAUUACAAAGCACCGGAGGCUGGCCGGUCAUGAUGGCACCGAGUGACUGGUCACCAAAUGCAACAUCUCUGUCCCAAAUUCUCGGAUACUACGAAAAAGAAAUUGGUGGGGAGUCUCUUUAUUUUUUUGACGUUACCCCAGGGGUCGUGGACUUGGCUGAAUAUAUACUCUACAUUAAACCGACAUCUGGAACCCCCUUCGAACGAGUUCUAAACACUGAGGAACGAAGUUCUCCGAGGAUAGCGCAGUAUGCGGAGGCCAUCGUGAAGGUUGUCCAGGUGCUGGCUGAUGCCAGUGGGAACGUCGUCAACAUAACGGAUGUGGAGAGAGAUAUCGCCGAUUUGAUUGAUUUUGAGAAGAAAUUGGUGGAGAUCCUACCAUACCCUGAAAUUAUAACAGACGAGAAUGUGGUCUUCCAGUAUAGUAUUGAUGAGCUCCAACAUUGGUACGAUAACCUGACGAAGAGUGAGAAUUCCAAGAUCGUGUGGAUGGAUCUUCUGGGGAGUUUUCUACGAAAUACGAAAAUGCCAGUGGAGGGGAGCAGCCAAGUGGUCAUUAUGAAGUCACAAUUUGUGGAGAAUCUGGUGAAACUUAUGGAUAAUUCAUCGAUCAGGACGAUUGUGAACUACAUUCAGUGGAACUUCGUCUCCAAACUACUUGUGGCAGCUCCUGAAGUGUUGAGAAAUAUUUCGUUUGAGAUAUUCCAACUUCAAAGUGGCGUGGAAGACACUGAGGAUCGGAACGUAACGUGUGUUCAAUUAGUAAAAUCUGGGCACGCGUUUGGCUAUGAAUUUGUUCAACAGUAUUUUUCGUUAGAGUCGAAAAUUAGGGCGAAGGAAAUUAUAAAUGAGAUUGUUAAUGUGACUGAUGAAAUCUUUGGUCGCACUUCGUGGUUACAACCCAAUGAACAAGAUCUACUGAGAAAGGAAUUAAGGGGUAUGGUACCCUUGAUCGGCUAUCCUGACUGGUAUGAUGAGUCUGCGGGUGUGGAUCGCUUCUAUGAAAAGCUCAACAUCAGCGAUAGUUUCCUGGAGAAUGUCAUCGCAGUCAAGGGAUUCGAGAAUAAUGUUAAUCUACAACAGUUGGGAAAACGACUUGAUAGAAAGGAGUUUAUGAAAAAUCCUGCCGAUGUUGAUGCUGGGUAUUCUCCGAUUCAUAACACCGUCAUGUUCCCAGCUGCCAUACUACAGGAGCCCAUAUUCAGCAGUGAUUAUCCUUCAGUUCUCCAGUUCGCUACCUUCGGUAUGAUCGCUGCUCACGAAAUAUCUCAUGCAUUUCACGAAAUCGAAAAUAUAUACGAUCGGAAUAUGGAAUAUCUUGAUGUCUGGUCCAACGAGACAAAGGACAUCGUCAAUGCCAAGACUGAGUGUUUUUUUAAUCAGUACGGAAACUACACAAUUUACAAAAAUGCGAACGUGACGAUAAUGGCCGAACGAGGUUGGACAGCAAUUGAAGAUAUUGCUGACAUACAUGGAUUAAAAUUUGCGUACGCAGCUUAUGAGAAAAAUAGAUCUCCAGCAGAUGCGAAUUUACGGUUCCCAGGUCUGGAGUCUUAUAACGAUCGACAACUGUUCUUCUUAGCUUUCACUACGCUCUGGUGCUCAACGGCCUCUCCGCUGUACUACAUCAACAAGGCUAAGGAUGAGUUCCAUUCAAUAUCUAGAUUGAGAGCUAUCGGUUCUUUAUCGAAUAUGAAGGAAUUCAGCGAAGCUUUUCAAUGCUCCAAGACCGCUAAAAUGAAUCCGCAACCGAAGUGCGUCAUUUGGGAUCCGGAAAAUUAAUUAUUUAUGUGGAACUUCUCAUAUAAUUUGUAGAUAUUUUUCAUUACUGUACCAUUUACAAAACUGUGUUGUGUGCGAUAGAAUAAUCUAGUGAUAAGCAUUCAAUCAUUGCACCCUAGGAUUCUUUAGUUAAUUGACUUCUAUCUAAAAUAAA